GAGAAAGGGCGGGAACACGUGACGAGCUGGUUUAUCUGUUGUUAAGAGAUGGGGUCCUCAUUGCACUGGGGUUUUCCCUGACGUUCCCGACAGGCAGUCUCUCGGACAGCAGGCAGGUAGGGAGGGGGGCUCCGCUUCCUUUCGAUGACGUCACUGCCGUUCUCCUCUACCCGGCGGGUCUGCUGCUCUGUGGGACGUGAUACUUCCGGCGUUGCGGACUCCGGUCUGCCGGUGACGUCUACUCGCUCACGAGCACUCGGUUCCGGUAAAUUCGGUAAGGGACAUUAUCCUUUGAUCAAGCCAACUAACCUUUCGGACGGUUCACAAAAGCAAUUUCUACUUGGAGUAUAGGAGAAAUCACCGUCUCUAACUAAGUUGUUACUCAUCGAAGAAAUGAGUCGCACCAGAGAGAAACGACAUCCGUGCUCGGAGUGUGACAUACGCUUUGCAUUUAAAUCACAGCUUCUCUUACAUCAGAGGAUUCACACAGGAGAGAAACUAUUUACUUGUUCUGAAUGUAGCAAAUGUUUUACCCGGAAGUUAUGUCUUAUUAGACAUCAGAUGAUUCACACAGGAGAGAACCCAUUUAAAUGCCCUGAAUGCAGCAAGUGUUUUAACAGAAAGCAAGAACUUGUUGUACAUCAGAUGAGUCACACAGGAGAGAAACCAUUUAAAUGCUCUGAAUGCAGCAAGUGUUAUACCAGAAAGCGACAACUUGAUAUACAUCAGAGGACUCACACUGGAGUAAAACCAUUUACAUGCUCUGAAUGUAGCAAGUGUUUUUCCCAGAUCUCGCAUCUUAUUACCCAUCAAAGAAGUCACACAGGAGAGAAACCAUUUAAAUGCUUUGACUGUAGCAAGUGUUUUUCCGAGAAGCAACAACUUGCUGUACAUCAAAGAACUCACACAGGAGAAAAAUUAUUUACGUGCUCUGAAUGCAGCAAGUGUUUUUCCCAGAAGUACCAGCGUGAUAGACAUCAGAUGAUUCACACAGGAGAGAAACCAUUUAAAUGCUCUGAAUGUAGCAAAAGUUUUAUCAGAAAGCAACAACUUAUUAGUCAUCAGAGGAGUCACACAAGAGAGAAACCAUUUAAAUGUUCUGAAUGCAGCAGGUGGUUUUCGGAGAGCUCAAAUCUUGUUAGACAUCAGAGGAGUCAUACAGGAGAGAAGCCAUUUAAAUGUGCUGAGUGCAGCAAGUGUUAUACCCUUAGAGAAAAUCUACUUAGACAUCAGAAGAGUCACACAGGAGAUAAACGAUUAACAUGUUCUGAAUGCAGCAAGUUUUUCACCAAGAAGAGAGCGCUUAUUACUCACAUGCGGAGUCACUCCGAGGCUUUGAAUGUGGCACGUGUUUCAUAAGUAAAAACUUAUAUCAUGACAGUUGGCCUGAUUGUGAGUUGCUCCAAACUCAGAAUCAGGCCAACUGUCAUAAUACAACAGCAUGAGAAAGCAGUUAUCCUGGACAAACCAUGUUCCAAUACAAGGGGUGCAAAUACUUUUAUUAUUUUUGCCAAGGGGCAAAGUUACAAUAUGCUUUAAAGAAAGUGUUUUAUAGAAGCUCAUGCAGGUGCUGGUAGUAGAGGAAAUGCUUUCUGUCCAAUAGAGAGUUCCAGCAGCUCCUCUCUAUGGCUGGCAGAACUAUGAUUACUGAGUGUUUUUUUUGUGUGUUUUUUUAGUAACCUUUUAUAUGCUUCCUUGUUUCACCCUAUAAGUUAUACACGGGCGAGUCGCAUUAAUAUGACCACCUCCUACAUUUGACGUCGACAACGCGUAGCCCAUGAAGUACGUCACGCGUUGUGUGCUGGCUUGUUGGGUAUAUAAGGUGUGCGAUAGGCUGUCAGCACACACAUUACUCGUUGCUAUCAUGGGUAAAAGGGGCAAUUUAUCUGAGUCUCAAAAAGGGAUGAUUAUCGGCUUCCGGGCCAAAGAUAGUAUUUCUGAAUCAGCGCAGUUUGUGAACUGUUCGCGUGGUGAAGGUGUAUUGUGACUGGACAAAUGGCACCACUGAGAAUAACCUACGUGAAAACUGCGGAACACCACGUGCUAUCGAUAAGAGGUGAACGUUGACAAUGAAGGUGCAUGAGGAGGGCCUACCGCCACGCUACAGUGGAGCAGCUCACCGUCAAAAUGAACCUGGGGGCUACCAGACGUGUGUCUAAAAUGAUAGUUCGUCUAGCUGCUGUCCGUGUUGCACCGGCGGUUACUCUGGCUGUAAGCUGGUAGUCAUAAUAAUUUGACUCAACUAUGUAUUUCCUAAACAAUUAUUCAAAGCUGUCAAUUAUUAGUGUAUUAAUGCUGCGUAUUAAAGGGAAGUAGUAAUACACGCAAA